AUGACGGACUCCGAGAACCACCGCGUCAUCGGUGGAACCGUGCAACACCACGGAGAUAGCAACCCGGCCACUAGCGAAUCUGAAGGUUCGACGGCGCCAGUAAACUCAAGCAGUGAAACUGCUGUCGAUGACAGCAGUUAUAGACAACCGAAAACUCGUGCUCGGUCCAAUGCUAUGAAGGUGAUAGCAUCCACAUUUGGAUUCAACAGAUUGCCGUUCAGUCUUGUAUUUUUAGCAGUGUACGUUACAUUCAUCAUUGGCAUAACAUAUAUUCAAUCAUCGAAUUCUCCCUACGUUCCUACAACGUAUCAUCGGAGAUAUCUCGAUCAGACAUGGACAAAUCUACAGGUGAUUUCUCGUGAUUUCCAUCCCUAUGGGUCACACGCAAAUGAUCGGGUUCACGAUUAUAUUUUGAAAGAGGUGGAAACAAUUGUAUCAGAAUCUGUAUUUUCUGAUAUUACCAUUGAUGCCGCCCCUCAAAAGAUAAUGUUUGCUCAGGGCGAUGUGUUCGAUAAAAAUGCUCCUCAAGGCAAGUUGACUUAUUAUGAGAGUAACAAUGUUCUUGUCAAGGUACCCGGUUCAGACCCGGCUUUGAAAGCAGUGUUACUCAGUGCUCAUUAUGACAGUGUUCCUACUGGUCAUGGUACUACUGACGACGGUGUUGGAGUGGCCAGUAUGAUUGGCGUUUUGAGAUACAUUCUCGAUAAUAGAAACAUUACCACCCAACCACGUACUCUCAUAUUCAAUUUCAAUAACAAUGAAGAGUUUGGUCUUCUUGGUGCAGAAGCUUUUGUGCGUCAUCCUUGGUACGAUGAAGUGGAGUCUUUCCUGAAUUUAGAAGGAGCAGGCUCAGGUGGUAGACCUGUUCUAUUCAGAACCACUGACUAUGGCGUAGCUAAACAUUAUACUGCUGCUAGUGCACCUCAUGGAAACUCGAUUCCCCAGGAAACUUUCGACCAGGGACUAGUUCAUAGUGAGACUGAUUUCAGUGUUUACAAGAGGCAUGGUCUCAGAGGUUUGGAUAUCGCCUUUUAUCGACCUCGCUCUUUGUAUCAUACUAAUCGUGAUUCAAUUCAGUAUAUGAGCUUGGAAUCGGUAUCUCACAUGCUCACAAAUGCAAUUGAUGUAACCCUGUCUCUCGCGGGGGCAGAGUCAUAUGGAGAUGACACUAAAUUGGCGGUCUUUUUUGAUAUUUUGGGACUCUGGUUUGUUGCCGUUCCUUUGGAUCUUGUUUUUGGUUUGAAUAUUGCUGGGUUGAUCAUUGGCCCUAUAAUCAUUGCUUUGUUGUGGACAGCAGUGAUAAAAAGACACGCUUGGACUAUUCAGGUUGGCUGGUAUAGAGGAAUCUUCUCGACCUUGAUUUCUUCGGCUGUGACAUAUGGAGCUGUAAAGCUUUUACUUGAAACGAACCCAUUUGUGUUCGCUUCUCAGACCGUGGCACCAUUGCUGGCUUCUUUCUCGUUAUUCCUCAGCUGUAAUUAUAUUGUACUGGGUUUAGCUGACUACUUCUGGCCGGUGCACGACCAAAAGCUGGUUAUAUUUAUCGAGCUCUUUAUUGUUUGGUGGGUAUACUUGGUGUACGCUACCGUCAAUGUUGCAAAGGGUGCCAGUGGUCAGUACAUUGCCACCAUCAUCUAUUAUCUCAGUCUCAGUGCUAUAGUUACCGGAUUAUUGGGUCAUUUAAUCGUUCCAGAUGAACUUGAUCAUGGCCAUGAUGAAGAAACCCACCAUUCAAUUGAGGGUAGACAUCACCAGCACAGGAGUGAAAGUCAAAAUGAUAACAGACAAGCUGAACGAAUUGAGGGUCACGACGAAGAGGGAGAAGAAGAAGCUAACGAAACGACUGCUUUAAUUGGGCAUAGAAAAAAAUCCACCAAAAAUCAGCACGCUGAUUUUGUCACCUUGAGACCAUUGUCGCUGAGUUUUGACUGGAUAUUACAAUUCUUUGCGGUUGUACCUAUUGGUCUCUAUAUUUCAUAUUCGGCUGCAUUACUUGUACUAGACUUGGUUCACCAGACUCUGGAUGAUAGCAAUGAAAAUUUGGAGACGAUAUUUUUCAUCCUCUUGUCAUUUACAUUUCUUAUGAGUGCUCUAGUUCUUCCGUUUGUUCACCGCCUUCAUUCAUUAGUUGGCAUUGUGUUAGUAUCAGUAACAGUAAUUUGUGGGUUUAUCUCUUUCACCAGUUUCCCAUUUACCCAUGAUAAUCCCCAUAAAUUACGAUUCCGUCAGAGCAUUGAUUUAGACAAUGACAGUAGUAAUGAGACGGCUAGAGUCAAUGUGUUCAACACAGGAAGGUUUUCUAAGUUGGUUCUGGAAGACCUUCCUUCGGUUAAAGAGAGGAAUACACCUAUCUUAUGUGAAGACGGUAACAAGGGCUCAUUUACAUGUAAAUAUGACGGUAUUAGACCUUGGAUUGUCGACAACCGAUCAGACUUUAGUGAAUGGCUGACUAUUCAAACUGUUGACGGCCGAUCUGAGAACAAGGGUCCAAAUACGGGUCAAAUUUAUAUCAAUGCUCCUGAUGUUCGUCGCUGUACCCUGGAGUUCAAUACGUCAACUUUCAGUUCUAGAGGGCCAAAUGACGGUAAUCAUGUAUCUCCUGUGCGAGCUCUGACUGUCUACCACGAUGUUAAUUCGACAUCUACUUCGCUCAGCAGUGAUGUAGCUGCCGCUGGUUGGGAGAGUUCUAAGGAGGCAGACGUUUUCAAAUAUCCAUUUGGAAUAGAUGACGUGACACUUCAUAAGCUCGACUGGAAUACUAAGGGAUUCCAUAUCGGUCUCGAGUGGGUGCCUCAAUGGUUAGAAGACGGGUAUGAUAAUAAUCUUGGCAUCCAAGUCACCUGCUUCUGGGGUGAGUACGACCAACAAGUAAUAAUUGGUGGACACAGCCAUCGCAAGGUACCUGCAUUGGACGAAGUUUUGGAAUACUCCCCUCCAUGGGUUUCGUGGGUUAAUUGGGGAUCUGGAUUAGUCGAGGUCACAAAAUAUGUCGGACUAUGA